AUGAAAUCUACUAUCCAUAUUCUGCAAGAUUGCCUUUUUGCUCGUGGUGUUUGGACUAGCUCCUCUUCGGGUGGUUCUAGAGCACAAUCUCUGGAUCAGGGAAUACAUGACUGGUUUUUAUGUUGUUCGGAGAAUCUCCCUCAUGCUGUCUUCGAACUCUUUAUAUCUAUUGGCUGGGCAAUUUGGGAGGCAAGAAAUGACAAGUUGUGGAACAACAAGAACAUGUCCCCGGACUUAAUUAUCCAUGGCAUUGCUGUUAGAUUGUCUGACUUUGCACGAGUCUACGCCAAACAGGAUGGUUAUGCUUGCACACUCAUAAAGGCCCAGAAAUGGACUAAACCAAAGCCGGGGGGCAGCAUCGAGGGUGGAGUGGGCAUUGUGGUACGUGACUCUGAAGAUUACUUUGUUACAGGAAGGGCGUUACAUGUCGACAACAUCUAUUCCAUACAAGCUGAAGCAAUAGCUGCCUGA